CACCCUUCUCCUGCUCUCUCUGUGCGCACGCACCAUAGAGACGAAGGAGGAGCCAUGUUAAGGAAAGGAGACGUGGACGGCUAGAGCGGCCACUUCUUUCUCUCUCCCUGUCGAGGUCCCUCUGCGCAGCUGAGGCUUUCAUCUCUAUGGUAGGGCUUUGUGGACAGAAAAAGGAGGAGGCAGACAGAAGAAGGCAGGCUCUGUCAUGGCGGCCGGGGGAGAAGGCGAGCAGGAGGAGCCCGAGAAGUCUUUUAAGCUGCUGGGAAUACUUGACGUCAAAAAUGUCCCUUGUGCUCGAGAAUCAGUGCUCUAUGGAUCUUUGGGUGGUGUCACGGUGGGCCUUGGACACUUUUUGGCAACUAGCAGAGUGAGACGAUCCUGUGACUUUGGAAUGGGAGGUUUUAUCUUGACAACACUGGGAUGUUGGAUCUAUUGUAGGUACAGUAAUGCAAAAUUAAGAAUUCAGCAACGCAUGAUUCAAGAAGGGAUAAAAAACAAGAUUUUGUAUGAAAGCACUCAGUUUGAUCCAGAGAAGAAGACAGUGAAAAGUACUGAAGAAAGCCGUUCAUAGUUCUCAUAAGAAUGCUUAAGAAUUUGUGAUGAUUAUAGGUAUACUAUAAAACCAAAUCUGUGAAACCAUAGGACAUAUUAGCUGCGAAAUGUCAUGUAACAGGUCCUCCUAGCACAGUGGGCUGUCCAAGUCCCAGUUUGUAUUUUACUUUUCUUCAUGUUUCAUCUUUGAUUUGUAUGCAGCCGCUUUUAAAGGGGGAAAAGUGAUCUGCUUCAGAUUGGUCAGAUUUCUUCUUCAGAAUGAAUAGCAUAAACUGGCCUUAAGCUAAAAAUACUUCGAGUUGGGGAGAGUUCUUCAGUGAUAAGACUUUGACUGCAGUACAUUGAAAGGCAAGAAAUUAAGUAUUAAAUGUUGUCAUCCUUUGCUGUAACCAGGAAGUAUUCCUCAUUAAACAUGAUGGGCCUUGCUUCUGAGUAGACACAUAAAGGAUUAGUGCAGGUUACAGUGAUUGCAGUGGGAUAGAUCUACCGUAUAUAUUCGACUAUAAGUCGACCUCAUGUAUAAGUUGAUGGCAGGUUUUGUGGGCAAAAUUAUGGAUUUUGAUAUGACCCGUGGAUAGGUCGAGGGUAAAACUUAGGGACAUGCAACAAAGGAUCUAAAUGAUGAAGCAAAGGAAAACAAUGCCAAAGAACCUACAAAAUUCUGGCAGGCAUAAUGCUUUUGGCUCACACUGAAAGAUGGAUGGAAGAGAAAGCAGAGAGAGGUCAGUGCUUCCAGGACAGAUUGCACUCUUGCGUUUCACCAGGGAUGGUUCUCUCUUUAAUAAGAGUUAAAGUAUAGUAUUUACAUUGACCUGUGGAUAAGUCAACCUAGGUUUUUGGGGUCAAUUUUUUGACUAAGAUUUCUAGACUUAUACAAGAGUAUAUACAGUAAGCAUAACCUUUCAGCUAAAUAGGAGAGUUGCCUCAUGUCAUAUGUGUGCUUAUUUUGCAUACUUUGCCAGGUGAUCCUCCAGUACUAUUACUAGUUUUUUUCCAUGGCCCCUGUGAAAGAGAAUAAUACCCCCCCCCCCCGAUAAUAAUCUCCCCGCCAGAGGAAUCAUGGGAGCAUGAAUUUUCUGCACUGAAAUAAUGUAAAAUUGCUUGACCAUAUGUGAAAUAUGUGCCAAGUGGCAUAUAGACUCUGCAACAACAUAAAAAUGUUGAAUCAUUGCCAUAUAUUAAAGACUUUCCACUUA